GGCAAUGGUUAGUAUUUAAAUUUCUUCUAAUGUUUUAAAUAAAUAUCACUGAUCAAAUUUGAAGUUUCAUUUGGUUGAACUGAUAAUCUGCUUAUUUUGUGCGUCAUUUGGUUUUAAAAUAGCACAGCUAUGAUGAAAGGAUCGGGCAGACCCAGAACUCAUAUGACGAAGCCUCAGAAAAUUGAUCACUUCAGAGAAACGGGUAAGCUAACAGACGUCAAUUUUCUAGUUGGGAAGGAUGGAUUAACAGCAUCUUUCCAAGCACAUAAAUUGAUUCUGGCUUGUUGGAGUCCAGUGCUCGAGGAGAUGUUUUGUCAAUCGGAUCAGAUAAGCGACCCAAUUAGGGUACCCGAUAUUUCGAAAGAAGGCUUUCAAAAUCUUAUCGAGUUUCUAUACGGACAAAACAUUUAUUUAACGAAUUUGAAGAUUGCUGUGGAAACGUACAAAACGGCUUUGAAAUUUAAAGUAAAGGAACUGAUGACACAAACUGAGCUUUUUAUCUGCAAAGAGGUGACUCCGGAUACGGUUUUGAAAAUCUUGCAGAUAGCAAUUAAAUUGAAAAUGCGCUUCGUACAGGAGAAGUGCGUGAGUGUUAUCGAAAAUCAUGCAGAUCGUAUCUUGUCUUCCGAUGAUUUCGCCAAAAUUCCUCGCUCAAUCUUCGAUACGCUCUUAAAACUGAAACUCAACGCAUCUGAAAUGCAAAUUCUCUAUGCUGUUCACCGAUGGAAAAAUAACAACCCUUGUUGAUUUUUAAUGGCUUGACCAGUUGAUUUUAUUUUUCAACUUAUUAUAUUGACAAAGUGAAUCUUCACUGAAUAGCCAUGAAUUCUUAAAUCCUGUUGCAUCUUAGGAAUGACUAUGUGCAAUUGAUAGUUGACGACCACUAUUUGCUUCGGGACGAGAGCCGAGCUCUGGUAAAGUCCAUAGACUUCUACCAGUACCUGAAUGCUUUUAAAAACGCUCAACGAUGUCCAUCAAAGCAUGUAAAAUUUUUAUAAACUUUUACUAUGCCUUCGAACUGUAAAUAAAAAUGUACUUUUUUGGAAA